UAUAAUAUAAUAAUAAAAGAAAAUUAAGGCAUGAAAAGAUUUGUUCAUAUAAAGAAAACUAAUUUUUCAUUUAAAAGAAGGUGUAGCUCGACUUCUUGCCAAAGGCGUGUAGUUUGCACUGGUAUUGGAAUUGUUUCACCUUUAGGUUGUGGGUCUAGAUUACCUUGGGAAAAACUUGUUAACGGACAUAUAGGUGUAGUUUUCAAUGAUCGACCAGGCUUCGAAUCAAUACCCUCUAAAGUUGCUGCUUUUGUACCUAUAGGAAAUAGUUUGGGUGAGUUUUGUGUAAAUGUGGCUAAAAAUGAUAUGAAGUUUCUUUCACAAAGUAUGCUUUAUGCAUUAUCAGCAGCAGAUUUUGCAUUGGAAGAUUCUGGAUGGAAACCUAAUACAGAACAAGAAAAGCAGCGUACUGGAGUUGCAGUAGGAUCGGGAAUGGUUGACCUAGAAGCAAUAGCAAAUACUUCUAAAACAUUUUCUGAAUUUGGUUACAAAAGAGUCAGUCCUUACUUUGUUCCAAGAAUUUUAAUUAACCUUGCUGCUGGUCAUAUUAGUAUAAAAUAUGGCUUUCAAGGACCGAAUCAUGCAGUUUCCACUGCAUGUACAACUGGUGCUCAUUCGAUAGGUGAUUCCAUGAGAUUGAUAAAAAAUGGGGAUGCAGAUGUUAUGGUAUGUGGGGGAACAGAUGCUGCUAUUGUACCUGUUGCUGUAGCUGGUUUUUCACGUGCUAGAGCUUUAUCUACAGCAUUUUUUGAAAAUCCAAGUACCUCAUCAAGACCUUUUGAUAGUAAAAGAGAUGGUUUUGUCAUUGGAGAAGGUGCAGCAAUUUUAGUCCUUGAAGAAUAUCAACAUGCAAUAAAAAGAAAUGCUAAGCUUUAUGGUGAAGUAAUAGGGUAUGGUAUGUCUGGAGAUGGUUACCAUAUGACAGCACCACGAGAAGAUGGUAUAGGUGCAUAUCUUUGUAUGAAAGCUGCUUUGCGUGAUGCAAAAUUAACUCCAGAUCAAAUCCAAUAUGUGAAUGCUCAUGCCACUUCUACACCAAUUGGAGAUGCUGUUGAAAACAGAGCGAUUAAGAAAUGCUUUGGUAAACAUGCUUAUAGUAUAAAAAUUUCUUCAUUUAAAGGUGCUAUUGGUCACCUGUUAGGUGCUGCAGGUGCUGUUGAAACUGCGUUUACUUUACUAGCUAUUUAUCAUAAAGUUAUACCUCCUACAAUGAACUUAUUUUCAAAAGAUGGAGAAUUUGAUCUGAACUAUGUUUCAAAUGAAGCAGUGCCAUGGUCUUUAGGUCACGCAACUCGAAGAAUAGCUCUUAAAAAUUCAUUUGGUUUUGGUGGCACAAAUGCAUCUUUAUGCCUCGGAGAAAUUCAAUAACGUUUUAAAUUUUUUUAUUAU